AAGAGAACAUGCAGAGCUUACACAAAAAAACAGAGGCUCAUAUAGCUGCGAGGCGAUCGACAGAAUGUUUAGAGAAUCAAGAAGGAGACCAUGGGCUGAUCUUUGCCCGGAGCUAUUGAACUUGAUCUACGAGAAGCUGCCUCCUGUCGCCGCAUUCCGAAUCUCAGGAUUCGGAUCGGUGUGCAAACCCUGGCGCCAAUUACACCGCUCCAUUCCCCUGCCACCGCCGCCGCCGGACCAUCAUCCUUACCGCCCCGGCCCCGGGCAUCUCCUAGUCUGCCCGACCAUCGACGCGGCCACCCCGGACAAGAUUCGCGACGAAUUACAAACCGCUUCGAUCGCCUACAGCUGGCCGAAUAGCGGGUGGCUGCUUUUACGGCGUUCAUGCAACGGUCAGAUCUUCAGUUGCUUCAAUCCCCUGCUUCCCUGGCCGCGGAACUACAUAAAACUCCCCUCCCGUCCGGCCGCCAUCCCCGUCCUCCCGCCGGCACCGCGGAUUAACGCCGCUUUCUCGAGCGAUCCCACGGGCCCUCGCGAUUGGACCAUCCUCGUCGUCGAAGAGAGGUUCAGCACGUACCGCCGCGGGGACUCUGCCUGGAAGAAUCACCACCUCUGUAACUACACUCGGCUCGGGUACAGAUGCGUGGCGAUUGGGUUCAGGGAGGGCAAAUUCCUCUGCCUGUUCGAAAGGGGAGACGUUCUGAUUCUGGGCCUCCGCGGCCGCGAGUGGAGGAUGCUGGCAGCGAAUCAUCUGGCUCCGGUUCCGGCGCCGCCGGGACAGCAGUACAAUGAACUCCGAAUCGUGGAGAGAGGAAGGAAGGAGGGGGGAACGUGCGUGGUGGUGAACUGGGAGCUAGCUGCGGAGGGACACGGCGGCGGCGGCGGAGGAGGAGGGAGAUGGCGGCUCGCCGGAGUGGAGAGGAGAAGGAAGGAAGAAGGGGACGGCGGCAUGGAUCUGCCGGAGGAAUCAAUGGAGGAAGGGAGAAGGCUGAAUUCAAGAGUGGUUCUCGUUACACAGAGUGCAAACUGCACAAGCACAACGGGAGCAUGGGACAAAUUGAUGAACGUCGUUCUUAUUUCCCUUUUCUUUGCGGGUAUGUUCAUCACCAUCGGCCUACCUAUUUUAUUUUUAGGUACUGAGGAAGAAACUGGGUCAGACACGUACGGACAGGGCGCUUACUGAUUAGGGUCGAUUUAUAAAACUGACUCGUCCCGCCACGGUUUCUUCCAAAGAUGUUAUGGAGGACUGUUUGAUUUCUUGAGUUGUAAGGCAGGAAUCCGUGUACCACAAGGAUUGCGUGUUAAAUUAGUUUUCAAGUUGAAUUAGGUUUAUUUUUCAGUUGUGUUUACUUUGUUAGAGUUCCAAAACUUGCCGAACCCUGCUUACCAAUCGAGCAGCCCCACUCGAUUGCAUAGAAAGCUUUGUUAUAACAAUUGCGCAUUCUCCCAUGUGUGAGUUUACCCUUUCACUUUUGUUUCCAUCAAAUACAAGUUCAAACCAGUU